AUGGUCCCCUCUACGGUAAAGAUGGAUGGGCUGUACAGUGUGCUUCAAUUGAUGAGUUUCGUGUUACCGAAGAAAAGCAUGUACACGGAACAGUUUAAAUUGACGCUGACGAGAGCUAAAGAAUUGGGCAUAAUAAGACGUCUUUUAGGACAGUGCAGCAAUGACAUCCCAACAUGCCAAGGCGGAUCUUUGGUUCAUCCGGUUGUGUUAAAAGGAGUUACAAUACCGUUCGGUGUGCUAGGAGGAGGACUUGUUGCAUCCUUCGCUCUACUUGUACUGGAAAAGUUUUCAAACUCUAUGCACAAAAUGCGUCUUGCUAGUAGUAAGACUUAA